AUGGACUUGGUUUCUCCCGCUGAGCACCUUUGCUACAUUCGUUGCACCUACUGCAACACUCUUCUUGCGGUUGGAGUUCCUCGCCGGUGGUUAAUGGACAGCGUGACCGUGCAUUGUGGUCACUGCAACCAUCUAUCCUUUCUCAAUCCCAGAGAUGUGAUCCAGUGCCUUUGUCCCGCCGUCCCCCAGAUGGGUUUUCAGGUUCAUUUUCCGGGUCCUUGCACUGGUUUAAUGAUGGAGCCACCAUCUCUGCGAUCAUCAUCUUCAGUACCAAAGAAACACAGAGCUCCAUCAGCUUACAACCACUUCAUGAGAGAGGAAAUACAAAGAAUCAAGGCAGCCAAACCUGACAUUCCACACCGAGAGGCAUUUAGCAUGGCUGCAAAGAAUUGGGCUAAAUGUGAUCCUCGCAACUCAGCUAAUGUUUCACUUUAACAAUGGAGAAGUAAGGAUCGACCGUCUUUCCUCAGGAAAGAAGCAAUGGUCUUGCAGUGCAGGUGUGAUUUCGUCGCUGAUGCAUCGAUCUCUUUCGUAGUGAUGUGCUUUAAAUUUUGUGGAAUCCAUCUUAAACCUUCAGUAAGGAAGAUCUCAAUGAUGUGGUAUGUCUUCUGUUUAGCUUCAUGCGUCUUAUAUCUAUGCAAUUAGUAGUGAAUCAAAGAGAGAGAUGCUUAUGUAUGUACUACAUAAAUUCAAGGG